CUAAUGAGAUGAUUUUUAUCACUACUCCAUCUCAAAUUUGUUUAUCUUGUGAUUCCUCCUCUUCAAGUUUUCUGCUUCUGAUCAUUCUGCUAAUCAAUUUGAAUUUCCUUUUCAAACUCUCUCAUCCCUUUUAUAGCUUAUAUAUCAUUAAUUAAAAGCACAAACUAAGAAGAUGAAGGCUACGGUAGGCGAAAGGCCGCCACAGUCGGAGAAGAAGCUCCGGGGACGAGCAAUGCCGGCAAAGGCUAUCAUGGUGCUUUGCAUGCUUAGCUUCUUCUUUGGUUUGCUCUUCAGUGGUAGCAUGUGGGUUACUCCAUUGCAGAAGAAAGAAGAAGCAGCCAAUGCCUUGAUUGAUCCUAAGCUCUCCCUCAUAACUCAUAGGUUUGGAGAGGGUGAUCAAAGGGACAUAAUUGGAGAAGUGGCAAAAACUCAUCAAGCAAUUCAAUCAUUAGACAAGACUAUUUCAGCACUAGAGAUGGAACUAGCUGUGGCCAGAACUAGCCAAACAGCAACCUCAUCUUCUUCCCUUGAUGGCUCAUUAUCUACUAACAAAGUCCUCAAGAAAGCCUUCGUCGUCAUCGGCAUAAACACUGCUUUUAGCAGUAAAAAACGUCGUGAAUCCGUUCGCGAAACAUGGAUGCCUAGAGGGUCUAAGCUGAAGAGAUUGGAACAAGAGAAAGGGAUAGUUAUAAGGUUUGUUAUAGGACAUAGUGCUACACCAGGAGGAGUUCUAGAUCGAGCUAUCGACGGCGAAGAUACUGAAACAAAGGAUUUCCUUAGACUAGAUCAUGUUGAAGGUUACCAUGAACUUUCUAUGAAGACAAAGAUUUAUUUCUCAACAGUUGUGGCUAUCUGGGAUGCUGAUUUCUAUGUCAAAGUUGAUGAUGAUGUUCAUGUUAAUCUUGGGAUGCUUAUAACAACACUUGCAAGGUAUAGAACAAAGCCCAGAGUUUAUAUUGGUUGCAUGAAAUCUGGACCUGUUCUUUCUCAAAAAGGAGCAAGGUAUCAUGAACCAGAGUUUUGGAAGUUUGGAGAGGAGGGAAACAGGUAUUUCAGGCAUGCAACAGGACAGAUCUAUGCCAUCUCCAAAGACCUUGCUGCUUAUAUAUCCAUUAAUGCGCCAAUAUUGCAUAGAUAUGCAAAUGAAGAUGUUUCUCUGGGUUCAUGGUUCAUUGGUUUAGAUGUUGAGCAUGUUAAUGAUAAGUCCAUGUGUUGUGGAACUCCUCCAGAUUGUGAAUGGAAAACACAAGCAGGGAAUGUGUGCAUUGCAUCAUUUGAUUGGAGUUGCAGUGGAAUUUGCAAGUCUGUUGAGAGGAUGAAAGAUGUUCACAAUAGUUGUGGAGAAGGUGAUGGUGCUAUUUGGAAUGUUCUUACUUGAAUUCCCUUUUCUUUUUCUUUUUUCUUUUUUUCUCAUUUCUUUUUUAAAUGUUCCUUUUUUUAUUUUUAUUUUCCUAUUUUUAUUUUAUGUUAAAUGUAUGAUGGUGUUUUGAAAAUGGAACAAUGUUUCUUAUUUGUGCCACUCUUCAAUUGAGAAUUGUGUCGUGAGGACAUUUAGUAAACA